CUUACAAAAUUGUUGGAGGAAAAGGAGAUAGAAGAUGCACCUAUAAAAUAAUAUAAAUUCUCUACUUAACCGCAUUAUUAUGUCAGUAUACCCUUUUGUAACACUCGCGAAUGACCAUCAUGAACAACAAUAAUUAUUUUCUGAUUUUCCUACUCGCCACAAUAUUCCUAAGUUCGAUAUGGGCCCAGCCACAACGUCCUUUUCGUCCAGCUCCGAUACCAUCGAGUCCAGGACAAAUCAUUCGGAUAUUAAGCGAAACCAACGAAGUAGGAAUUGACGGUUCUUAUAAAUGGAGUUUUGAAUCAGAAAAUGGUAUAUCAGCUCAAGAACAAGGCCAAUCGAAAAAUGCGGGUGCCCAAGAAGCAAUCGAGGAGGCUAGAGGGUCGUUCCAGUACACCGCGCCAGAUGGUACUCCCAUUCAAAUGCAAUAUAUCGCUAACGAGGGUGGAUUCCAGCCUACAGGCAACCAUUUACCUGUGGCACCUCCUAUUCCUCCAGAAAUUCUUAAAUCCUUAGAGUGGAACGCGGCUCAUCCCGAAGAGGAUGAUGGAGAUGUUCGUCCAGGAGCUGGAUUUAGGGGAUAGUAAAUAAAUCGAAAACAAAAAUUAUUUAUAAAAAAAAAUGUAUAUUUUGUUGAAUAAUGGUUGAUGUUUUUCUAUAGAAAUAUAUUACUAGUAUGAAUUUA